UUAGUUUAGAGUUCACUGUGACAGAAAGAAUUAAACACUCAGGACCUGUCACGCUUGUUGUGCAUUCGGCAAUUCGGAUGCAAGUCACAAAAAAUACAAUUUCUUACUAACUAUAACAUGAUAGUAUUUCAAAUUAGUUGGUAGUAAAAUGUGAUGCUGUUUAAAUUCAUCCUUGAAACAAAGAUAUAAUAUUUCUCAAUCAUGGAUAGUUGCUUCACAUCUUUCUUUUUUCGGAUACAUAAAUUUGCCAGGAAGAACAAACUGAGUAUUGAAAAACGUAACUCCUUGCAAGACGAUGAGCUUAUUGCAAUAGAUGCCAUGGACUUCUUGGAUAUUUCCAUACCACCUGACCAGGACUGGAGAACUAGAGCCAGAAAAUAUCAACAAAACCAGUACAACUCUCUGGGUGACAGGUAUUGGGACAUAGUCCCCGAUCAUCUACUCGAUAGGAAAAUAGGAUUCGCUCUCUAUGGUAUACCCACAGAAAUUAAAGACUCUGAUUUAAAUUAUUCUGAAGAAAAAACAAAUCAUAUCAAUAAAUUGAAGAAUCAUAUUAUUUCUUUGAAGGAAGAUAAUAGUUCUGAGGAAACACACUUAGCAUGCAUUUUUAUAUAUGUGCAUAGCAAGGAAGGUGACAACGUUGCAGUUGUGUUUCGACUGUUGAAUAAUGUCAACGAGAAUUUGGAUGAUUUUUUGUUCGUAGAUGCUAAUUGUCGUACAUAUAAGUGUUGGAAUGAUUUUUUGAAUAAUAAUGAGUUACCAAGAUGUGUGAUGUGCUAUCCGUUGAACGGAUUCUACUCGGCUAGUAAUGGUUUUGUGGAUGUUGGCUUCUGUAAAUCUCCAGCAAGCGAGAUGAGUAGAAACAUACUGACUGGUUUAGAUAUUACCAGUUCGAUGCUGGGCCUGGGUGCAACAGGGGUUAGUUUGGCUUCUCUGGCAAUUCCAAUUGCAGCACCUUUUGUCUGGGGCGCAACAGCUACUAUUAUAGCCUCUGGUGCUUAUGAUUUGGGGAGAGGUGUCAACAGGCUGGUGGAUAUUGGUGUGCAUAAAGAGAGUUUGAGUCUGAAGAAUCCGAAAUCGAGGAAAGUGUGGUUGGAUGUUAUCACUUCUACAGUUGGCAUCGCUUCGGUCGGUGUCACUAAAGGACUGUCAGUGAUCAGAGCUGGUCAGGCAGUUACCCAGAGUGAAGCUGUAGCUAUGAGAAUCAUCAACUUCUCUUCACUGGCGUUCAGUGGCAUAAGCGGUGUCAAUACUCUUAUCACAGUUAUUGUAAAAGUCCUGGAUGGAACUCUAGAAAUGUCCGAUAUUUUGCAGUUUUCAAGUGCCUGCUACUUUUUCCUCAAUGCCUUGCUAUCAAUAGACCUAGCUAAUCGAAUGAUUGAGGAGAUUGCUUCCUCUGACGAUCUCACAAACCUCUUUUUCUCCACUAAUAACACCGAUUUCAGUGUUGUCAAAUCUAUCACACAAUUUUUCGACACAAACACCUACGAAAUUCUACGUAGACUAGUUCUGGGAUCCAUAAUCAAUUUUAUGCCCAACAUGAAUUUAUCCGACUUGGAAACAAUUGCUAAACGUAUCAGUGGCCUUAUAGAUGCUCAUUCAUCUGGAAUGAAAUGGAACAAAUUUGCUAUUGAAAUGAUAUCUAUUUCAGAGUUCAUAUGGAAAAGUUUUGGGAAAGAGAUUUUGCAUGCGAUUGAUAAGUUGCGUGAAUUGUUCCAUGCAGAAGAUUGGAAAUCUGUUUUUACAUCGGCAUCGCAGAAACAUUUUCUGGACUCAAAUCUUGAUGUAGCCAGGCAGCUGUGUUUGGCUGCUCAAAAAGCAAUCAAACAUUGUACUGGCAAGGAUGCAGAUGACGCAGCUAUGAGGAAAAUUCUAAUGCUGGCUAGUGAUUUCAAUUCUAAAUAUCCAGCGGAUUGUUCAAUCGAAUUUCUAAACAUGACAAAAUUUGUUUGCGACUCUUUAGCUGAAGAAUUUGAUGAAAUAAUGAGUAAAUAUUUGUAUUCUCUAGAUGAAGCACAUGCGAAUUCAACUGAUUUCGAUCACGAAAAUUUCAACAAGAAGUAUGGAAUCGAAGAAAAAACCGAAGUAAGAAGCGUUUUUAUUAGCAUUGCAAUCAAACGUUUGGCGACCGAAGAACGGAUGAAAAAAAUGAUGGACGAUUACACUGAAAUGUCAAAGUUGUGUGAUCACCCAAAAAAUGGAAUUCCCAGCAUGGAAACUAGCAUGAGUUAUCAUUAUAUGUAUAGUGAACCACAUGGACAAUACAAAUUCUCAGACAGUCAUUACUGGCAAAAGUUGAAUGAGAUUACUGGAUUGAAUCUUACCACUGAAAACGCAAGUAUGUUGAAAGAGAAGGGUAUCAUUAUGAUACGUCCCAAGAAUGAGGAUAACAGUAUUAAAGCAAUAAUAUUUUAUAGCACCAAAGUAGAUGAUUGUAUGAUGGGAAUACUCACCGUUAUCAAAAAUAACUCUCCAAUUAUUGCAGAAUGAGGCUGCAUGAUUAUUUAUUGUGUAAGGAACUUGAGAAGUUUUCUUGCUCCAUUUUUGCAUGAGGUAUAUUUUAAGGAGUUUUUCUGUAGUAGGCUAUUCCAUAUUCUAAUCUAGAACAUCAAUUUCAAAGCACAAUUACCUAUAGUAGUUUUUAUCUAUUUCAUCAUGCACCAAUUUAUAUCUGUGUACCUGAGAGGUCAAGGAUGUUUACUCCAUUUCAUUGAUUUUUCAGAAGAGCAAAAAAAACCCUAAAAAAAUGUAAGAAGAAUAAACACACUAGCUAGAAACUUUAAACUUGGCCCAACAUAGGAACAGCUUAUUUCAGAAAGGGACCUGAGUCACUUUUAGUGAUUUUUCAGGAACUCCAAAAAACUGUCUGGAUAGAACAAUCAGAAUUUUUUCGACCUGAUGAUUUUUUUUAUGCCAACUACAUCUGUACAAGUCUGUUAGUACCCAUAAUAUCCUAUUUUAUGAGAUAGUUUAAGUAUAAAAAUUAUUUUUGUCCCUGUAUUUCAUGGACUUAGGUACCUUUCUGCAAUAAAAUUAUCAACUCUCACUAUAAGAAAUUCAAUUACAUUUUAUUAUUCAUGACACAAAUACAGCGAUAUAAGAGCAGAUAACUUCACAUUUUUUGAUAUUCUAUUGAUUCUGCUCUGAAAAAUGUAUUAUUUUUUGAUAAAAAGGCUCAUCAUGUUCAUGAGGGGCAUACUUCAAAGCUUUCUUGAAGUCUUCAAUUUUUUCUUUUUUCAAAGGUAUCAUUUCUGAAUUAGUGCUUGAGGAAGUUGUAUUGUAUUCGGAUCAACUUUAGAGACAUUGAAAUUACAAUAGUAAUAAGCAGAAUCAUUGUCAGCAUUAUCAGUAUGGAUGAAUUCUGAAGUUUUAAUAUUACCCUUUUUGUCAGAAGAAUAUUCAAAGUAAUGAUACUUUGAUGUAGCUAGAUUCUCGCUUUCUCCAUGAGAGAGUUACACUUUCAGUUGAAGCGACUCUUUUCUUGAAUACAUUAGGCCACCAAUUAUCAAAAUUAUAUUGAUAUUUUCAGUGUCUAUAAGUUUCAUUGUAUUUUGGGAUUUCCUGUUCACAGAUAGAAUUAAUUCACACAGCUGAUUAUUGUUAAAGUUAAUAGGACCCGAAUUAAGGUAUGUUUCUUAUUUUGCCCGGGGCAAUUGUCAGAGAAUAAAUGAAGUUCAGUAACUGAAUGUGGGACAUUUUCUUCAAUGUAAUCCACAAGAAAAGAAGCAACAUCAUUUGCUCCUUUUUUUUUUUGCUUGACCUUCGUGAUAUAGGUAAAACUGAGCAUUAUCUGUUUUCAAAUUAUAAAUACAAAAAUUGUUCACUGUCAAUUGUCGGAGGUAAUACAUCUCUUGUACUGGAACUUUUGGUAAGUCUAUAUUCUGCAUAAAGUCAAAAACCAAACCUAAAGUAUUAUUAUUUUGUUUUGAUAAUUUUUUAGAAUUCGCCAUUGAUGGAUAAAAUCGUUUGGCUCGACGUUUGUGCAACAUAAAUUCUGCUGCACAAACCUUCUUUGCAUUUUCAUUAAGUCUAGGGUCUCUUAUACGUUCCAUUUUUUCUCCACAAGUGUUACAUGUAUCACUAGAUGGCCGACCAAAUCUGAAAUUAAAAUUUUCCUUAAAGUACGUGUACGUGUAAUAGAAAUUAUACUUAAUAUUACUUUCAGAAUGCAUUUCACAAAAUAGUUCAUGCAUUUUUCGAAUUGACAAACUUUCACUCAGGUACAAAACAUCUUUAUAAUGUCCUUCUUUCGUUGGAAAGGAAGAUAUAUGCUUGUGCACCUUGUCUGUUUCACUUGCUUGUAUUUUAUUACCACUCGUAUUUUUCCCUCGCAAAUCGACUGGCGUUUUUCCAGCUAAAAGAAGUUUUCUGAUGCGACGGAUGCGCUUGUCACUUACAUCAUAGAGUCUAAAAAAUGCUUUCCUACACACCAAUACUUUUAUUCCUUGCAGAAGAACAUGAUACUUGAAUGUAUUAUCCUUUAAUUUAGCAUCUUGUUGACGAGCUCGAUGUUUUUUAACGUCUGUUAACUCAAUCAUUCUUUGUAAGUGAAGGUCUUGUUCAUUCUUUGUAUUCAUGCUGUACAGUAGACUAAAAAUAUUUGACUUGACAACAUCAUCAAAUUUGAUGUAGCGCUGUAGCGGACAAGAUGCAGGUUUACCAACUUGCUACUUUAGUGCAUAAAAGUACUUCAGUCACUGACUUGGGUCCCUUUCUGCAAUAAACAUAGUAUGUGUCAUAUGAUUUCUCUGUGAUAUAGACAUUGAAUCGGGUUCUUUUCUGCACUAAACUAUGUGUCUACCUCCAUAGUAACUGAAUCCAGCAUAAACUGAAAAUAGAUAAAAAUUGACUCAGGUCCCUUUCUGAAAUAAGCUGUUAUAGCUUUCUUUCAUGAUAUUUUUAUCAUUCAAGAAUAUUUACUUCUUGAAACCAGAAUGGUUUGGCAUGUGGAGGAAUUACUAUUAUUAACUCUGCUAUUCUCUUUCUUCUGCAUUCAAGGAAUGAAGUUAACUCCUUCCUAAAUCCACAAAAACAACAGUUAGUUUAUUUUAGAAAAAUAUAACAUAAAAAAAUAUUACAGUUUUUGUAAUUUGUCAGUACUAAAAAUUAUUUCCUUCUUACCAAAUUGUCAGGAAUGUUUUUCCCUGUAUCUUUAAUGUAAACAAUAUUAAAGAGUGUAUAAUGAAGUAAGUUGUUGUCAAGGUUAUGGUAGGAAUUGUGUGAAUCGUAGUUGAAUCAAAGCGGAAAUAGUCAAUUCAAAAAAAUGCAUUCAAGUAAUGUAUCAUUCUUCUUUGUAUGAUGAAAUUGAAUCAUGAACAAAUCUUCUGUUUCAUCCGUGAAAUCUGGCAUUUCUUGAUAAGCCAAUGAUCUAUAGAAAGAGUGUGCUUCACUUGGCAAAAACUGUAGUGCUGUCUCCAAAUCCUCGAGUUUUUUACUACUGAUUUGCAAUUGUGUGUCAUUUGUUGGGUUCAAAGUCUCUGGCAUUGUUUUAUUGCUCCUUCGACUAUUUCGACAAAGAAGAACUUUUUUGAUGUCCACAUCAUCAAAAGAAGUUUUAUAGAAUAAAUAAAUAAAUAAAUAAAUCUUUAUUCUAUGACAAGUACAUUACAGAAUAACAAUAAUCAAAUAUUGAAUUCAACAAAAAUGCUUAGUGUACAGUCAAAGAAUACAAUACUGUUUGCUAAAGAGUGAACUUUGUCUGCAAACAGGAGCAUAUCUCACAAUUGAAAAUAAAAUAGGGAAUUCGCUUAGCGUACACACAUGAGAUAUUAUAAACUGAAAAUAAUGGGAAUAAAAUAAUAAUGACAAUGAACAUGAAUGAUACCAAAUAGUAAAUAUAAUAAAUAAUUAAAACCACACACACACACACACACAAACACACUCAUACAACAUGGAGCUGAUUUUGUUAAAUCAUAGCUUACACCUUCCAAUGGUGUAUCAAAAAAAAA